AUGAUGCGGAUGCCCGCUACUCCCGUCGCCGCCGCCGCCGACAAUAACUCCGUCGAAGCCUCCAGCACUCCAGAUUCACGGUCAACUGCUGCUUCUCUCACCGCCACCGCUGCUGCCGCUGCCGCUGUUGUUGAUAGUGCUGCUGCCGCCGCCGCCGCUGCUGCUGCUACCGCUACCGCUACCACUACCUCUAACUCUGCCUCGCCUGUUGCUUCGAAUUCAGCUUCAGCUUCAGCUCCAUCUCAAACUCAAGCUCAAGCUCCAACUGCUGUGCUCCAUGACGCCGCGUCCGACGGAUCCGAACCUUAUUCGUCUUACUCAGCAGGCAAGAGGACCAGCAUCGAGCCGCGCCAUUCCACUACUCACCGCCGUCUGGCCCCGGCGCCGCCACCACCGCCGCCAUCGUCGACCAACAGCCGCCACAACGACACCCUCAGAUUUCCGCCCUCGCCGUCGCCGACGCCAUCACAUCCCACACCGUCCCAUCCGAACCUCACUACCAUCAGUAGCACCAGCAGUACCUAUAGCUCCUCUAGUCACACCGCAAACUCCAACACCGAUAGAUCAUGUCGCCUUCCCGCCCCCAAGCCCGGCCAGUGCCCCGUCAUGGCUCUGCAGAAUGUCCUGUGCGACGACGAUGAUGAUGAUGUAGAAGCUGCUGCAGACGCAGCACGCAGAACCCUAUCGCAUCCGAGUCAGCCGCCUACUCCGCCGAUUUUGCAUGAUGCAUCCGUCGCCAUGUUGCCGGUACCACCGCCUGUCCCCGCAACCGUGCCGUCCCUGACCCUGAAUCCCAUCCUGUCGGGUCCGGACCCUUCCGACUCCAUGAUGGUGACGCGUCCGAACCCUUCCCAUGUCGUCAUGACCACCCGUCCGCAGAUCCCUUCGCGUGUUCAGCAGUCUGACCCUGGCUGCAAGACCUGUCAGGUCCGCAAGAUGCCCUGCGAUGAGGGGCGUCCGACCUGCCAGAAUUGCAUGCGCAUGGGCAUCCAUUGUUUGGGCUACUUCAGCCCCCCGAGUCAUGCACAGCUUCAAUUGUUACAACCUACGGACCGGUCCGUCCCGGGACCAUCCAUGACCUCCAGCGCUGGCAGCACCGGCGUCAACGCCAACGCCAGCCGCCAGGAACAAGAGGAGUACUUGUAUUUCCUCCUCGACCACUACCGCCAUACCAAGCGCCACUGCAUGUGGGACCUCAUCACCCUCGACUUCAAUGAGCACUUCAAAUGCAAGAUGCGCAAGGAGGCCUUGCAGAUGAUCAAGAGAAGGCGCUUCAAGGACAGGGAAACUAGAGACCCCUCACCGAAUGAUGUUCCAAACCCCAUACCACGCCCCAAGGCGAAGCGCGGCCGACGUCCAAAGUUUAAUCCGGCGACACUAUCUUCGAACGUUAGGGAAUCUGGGCCCCAAUUAGGCACGGGUUGA